CCUCCUCAUUGGCCUACCUCAUCGCAGGCUAUCCCCUCUUCAGUCCAUCCGCUCUGUAUCUGCCACCCCUCUCUGCCAAUCCCUCCACUGACCUCCAUUCAGUGUCCUCCACCCCUCUCUGCCAAUUCCCUCCACUGGCCUCCACUCAGUGUCCUCCACCCCUCUCUGCCAAUCCCUCCACUGGCCUCCACUCAGUGUCCUCCACCCCUCUUUGCCAAUCCCUCCACUGGCCUCCACUCAGUGUCCUCCACCCCUCUCUGCCAAUCCCUCCACUGGCUCCCA